GAUAUUGGAUAUUUCCAUAUCAACUUUUCAGAUUUACACAAGAUUUCUGAAAAAUAAAUACGAUAAAUACAGUAACUAGUGAAUUAAAUCGAAUCUGAAAUAAACAUUAAAAUGUUUACUGAGAAUUUGACGAAACAGGAUGAAGAAAUAGAGGCCCUCAGCUCCAUAUACGGUGACGACUGGACCACGGAAAGCGACGUGACAAGAUCGUACAAGAUCAGGGUUGAGGAGAACAAGCAUGAAGCAAUUUUGUACGUUACCAUGCCACCGGAGUAUCCUAGUCAAUCUCCACCAAAGUUCGAGCUUUCUGCGCCGUGGAUGGAGAGGAAAGACAAGGCUGAUCUUCACCAGGCAUUGAAUGAAGUUUAUUUAGAAAACUUAGGAGAAACAGUUGUAUAUCAAUGGGUAGAGAAAAUAAGAGAAAUAUUACUUACAAUGAAACAUCCUGAAGCAGAGAAGAAGAUAGAGCAAAAACAAUCAGACGAAGAAAACUUGGAUUUAUCACAGGUAGAAAAUUGUCCGGAGAUUACUCACGGUGAAGUGAUAAAAGACAGAAAAAGCUCCUUUCAAGGACAUGCCGCUGAGGUUCAUAGCAUGGAGGAUGUCAAUGCCGUCCUAACAAAACUCAAGCAGAACAAGAAAAUAGUAAACGCAACACACAACAUGUUCGCAUAUCGGAUCGAACGGAAAACGGACAAGGGGACAAUGAUACUACAAGACUGUGAUGACGAUGGGGAGACACAUGCCGGCGGUCGCAUGAUGAAGCUGCUGCAGAUACUAGACCAGAAGAACACAUUGGUGGUUGUGUCCCGAUGGUAUGGUGGCAUCCAAUUAGGACCCGACCGGUUUCGGCACAUCAACAACGCUACUAGACAGGUCAUCGAACAAGCUGGAUUACUAAAGAAAUGACAUUUAGCUUAAACCCUAUUAUAAUUUUGUAAAAGUGUCUCCAGAUUUGGCUAAGGUCAGGCCACCCUGUAUAAGACCAACGGAUUCUCUGCGUAGUAUUUCAGUUUCGUCCUCGAAAAGAUUAUAUGUAGGUAUAUAUAUAGUCCUCAUCGUUUUCGAUGACGGCGACCCUAAAUAAGCCUUACGGACGUUUCCUUGCGUGUGCUCUAAUGUGGCUGGCCAGGCCGAACUUGCUUUUAAAUACUCGCUGGCACGGGUGGCAACAAAGCUCGCCAGCGGAGUUAUACGUGUACACGUAGGAGGGCUUAGGUCUCUCUUUUCGUAAUUGAGCAUUUCUUUUUUUUUUGCCAAUAUUUUUUUUUUUUUUGUUUUAGGGAAUUUUAGGUCAAUUGUACUCAGAAUCACGAGUACUUUCAAU